CCCUCAGGCUCGGCUGCGCCGGGGGCCGCCGGCGGGUUCCUGAGGUGGCCUCCGCCCCGGCCGCUCCGCCCACGCCCCCCGCGCCUCCGCGCCCGCCUCCGCCCGCCCUGCGCCUCCCUUCCCCCUCCCCGCCCCGCGGCUGCCGCUCGGCCCCGGCUUGCGCUUCGAAGAUGGCGGCGCUGAGUGGCGGCGGUGGCAGCAACAGCGGCGGCGGCGGUGGCGGUGGCGGUGGCCGGCGCGGCGGCGGCGGUGGCGGCGGCGGCGGCGCCGAGCAGGGCCAGGCUCUCUUCAAUGGAGACAUGGAGCCCGAGGCCGGCGCUGGCGCCGCGGCCUCUUCGGCUGCGGACCCGGCCAUUCCCGAAGAGGUGUGGAAUAUCAAGCAAAUGAUUAAGUUGACACAAGAACAUAUAGAGGCCCUAUUGGACAAAUUUGGUGGGGAGCAUAAUCCACCAUCAAUAUACUUGGAGGCCUAUGAAGAGUACACCAGCAAGCUAGAUGCCCUCCAGCAAAGAGAGCAACAGCUGUUGGAGUCCCUGGGGAAUGGAACUGAGUUUUCUGUUUCUAGCUCCGCAUCAAUGGACACGGUUACGUCCUCCUCUUCUUCUAGCCUUUCAGUGCUACCUUCAUCUCUUUCAGUUUUUCAAACUCCCACAGAUGGAUCACGAAACAACCCCAAGUCACCACAGAAACCUAUUGUUAGAGUCUUCCUGCCCAACAAACAGAGGACAGUGGUACCCGCAAGAUGUGGUGUUACAGUCCGAGACAGUCUAAAGAAAGCGCUGAUGAUGAGAGGUCUUAUCCCAGAAUGCUGUGCUGUUUACAGAAUUCAGGAUGGAGAGAAGAAACCAAUUGGCUGGGACACUGAUAUUUCCUGGCUUACUGGAGAGGAGUUGCAUGUAGAAGUACUGGAGAAUGUUCCACUUACAACACACAACUUUGUACGGAAAACUUUUUUCACCUUAGCAUUUUGUGACUUUUGUCGAAAGCUGCUUUUCCAGGGUUUCCGCUGUCAAACAUGUGGUUAUAAGUUUCACCAGCGUUGUAGUACAGAGGUUCCACUGAUGUGUGUUAAUUAUGACCAGCUUGAUUUGCUGUUUGUCUCCAAGUUCUUUGAGCAUCACCCAGUACCACAGGAGGAGGCCUCCUUAGCAGAGACUGCCCUUACAUCUGGAUCCCCUUCUGCACCCCCCUCAGACUCUAUUGGGCCCCAAAUCCUCACCAGUCCAUCUCCUUCAAAAUCCAUUCCAAUUCCACAGCCCUUCCGCCCAGCAGAUGAAGAUCAUCGGAAUCAGUUUGGGCAGCGAGACCGGUCCUCCUCAGCUCCCAAUGUUCAUAUAAACACAAUCGAACCUGUCAAUAUUGAUGAAAAAUUCCCAGAAGUGGAAUUACAGGAUCAAAGGGAUUUGAUUAGAGACCAAGGGUUUCGUAGUGAUGGAGCCCCCUUGAACCAGCUGAUGCGCUGUCUUCGGAAAUACCAAUCCCGGACUCCCAGCCCCCUCCUACAUUCUGUCCCCAGUGAAAUAGUGUUUGAUUUUGAGCCUGGCCCAGUGUUCAGAGGGUCAACUACAGGUUUGUCCGCCACCCCACCUGCCUCAUUACCUGGCUCACUCACUAAUGUGAAAGCCUUACAAAAAUCUCCAGGACCUCAGCGGGAAAGGAAAUCAUCAUCAUCCUCAGAAGACAGAAAUCGAAUGAAAACACUUGGUAGACGAGAUUCAAGUGAUGAUUGGGAGAUUCCUGAUGGACAGAUUACAGUGGGACAAAGAAUUGGAUCUGGAUCAUUUGGAACUGUCUACAAGGGAAAGUGGCAUGGCGAUGUGGCAGUGAAAAUGUUGAAUGUGACAGCACCCACACCUCAACAGUUACAGGCCUUCAAAAAUGAAGUAGGAGUACUCAGGAAAACACGACAUGUGAAUAUCCUACUUUUCAUGGGCUAUUCAACAAAGCCACAACUGGCUAUUGUUACCCAGUGGUGUGAGGGCUCCAGCCUGUAUCACCAUCUCCACAUCAUUGAGACCAAAUUUGAGAUGAUCAAACUUAUAGACAUUGCUCGGCAGACUGCACAGGGCAUGGAUUACUUACACGCCAAGUCAAUCAUCCACAGAGACCUCAAGAGUAAUAAUAUAUUUCUUCAUGAAGACCUCACGGUAAAAAUAGGUGAUUUUGGUCUAGCCACAGUGAAAUCUCGAUGGAGUGGGUCCCAUCAGUUUGAACAGUUGUCUGGAUCUAUCUUGUGGAUGGCACCAGAAGUAAUCAGAAUGCAAGAUAAAAACCCAUAUAGCUUUCAGUCAGAUGUAUAUGCAUUUGGGAUUGUUCUGUAUGAACUAAUGACUGGCCAGCUACCUUACUCGAACAUCAACAACAGGGAUCAGAUAAUUUUUAUGGUGGGACGAGGCUAUCUAUCUCCAGAUCUCAGUAAGGUACGGAGUAACUGUCCAAAAGCCAUGAAGAGAUUAAUGGCAGAAUGCCUCAAAAAGAAAAGAGACGAGAGACCACUCUUUCCCCAAAUCCUCGCCUCCAUCGAGCUGCUGGCCCGCUCAUUGCCAAAAAUUCACCGCAGUGCAUCAGAGCCCUCCUUGAAUCGGGCUGGUUUCCAAACGGAAGAUUUUAGUCUGUAUGCUUGUGCGUCUCCUAAAACACCCAUCCAAGCAGGGGGCUAUGGAGAAUUGCAGCCUUCAAGUAACCACUCCAUCAUGGCAGCAUCUGCUCUUUAUUUCUUAAGUCUUGUGUUUAUACAGUUUGUUAACAUCAAAACACAGUUCUGUUCCUCACAUCUUUUUCUAAAAGAUACAAAAUUUUCAAUGCCUAAGCUCGUGUGGAACAGAGUGGAAUUUCUUAUUCAACAAAAGAGGGAAGAAUGUUUUAGGAACCAGAAUUCUCUGCUGCCCGUGUUUCUUCUUCAACACAAAUGUCACGUGCACACAAGUCUGCCCAUUCCCAGGAAGAAAGAGGAGAGACCCUGAAUUCUGCCCUUUUGGUGGUCAGGCAUGAUGGAAAGAAUUUGCUGCUGCAGCUUGGGAAAUCUGCUAUGGAAAGUCUGCCAGUCAACUUUGCCCUUCUAACUACCAGUUUGUGGCUGGUCAUCUGAUGGGGCGAUUUCAGUCACCAAGCAUCGUUCUUGCCUGUUCUGGGAUAUGUUGUGGAGUGCUUUCCCUAUCCACCGCCGUUAACUUCUGAGGGAUGGAGUAAAUGCAGCAUCCCCUUUGUGUAGCACCGGUUCAGUCCUCACCAAAUGUCACAGUGAAGCUCUUUAAAUUUCAGUGGAGGGUGAGAGGUGAGGAGAGACUGUGUUGGGGGCUGAGAAAGGGGGUGCUGCAUCUUCUUCCUCACCUCCAGCUCUCCCCUUCGGUUGCCUUGCUCCCUGGGCUCUGCCUAAGCACUCGGGCUGGACAGUGCUGGCACACAUUGCCUUCUUUCUCAUUGGGUCCAGCAAUAGAGAUGAGGGCUGGGGGAUUGCUUCCUCCACAGUGUAGCAAAUUCUCAGGAAAUACAGUCCAUAGCUUCCUCUCAGCUCUUCCAGUCACCAAAUACUUAUGUGGCUACCUUGUCCAGGGCACAAAAUGCCAUGGACAGCAUCUAAUUAAAAGCCUACAAAACUGCUUACUGACAGUUUUGAAUGUGAGAAAUUAGUGUAAUUUAAAUGUAAGGUACAGGUUUUAAUUUCUGAGUUUUUGUCUAUUUUUAUUUUUAAUAAAAGAAAAUAAUUUUCAGGUUUAAUUGGAAUAAAAGAAUACUUCCCACCAGAAUAUAUAUCCUGAAAAUUAUAUUUUUGUUAAUUGUAAGCAACUUUUAAAGAAUGAUUAUUAUCCUUUUCUUUACCUAAAAUUAUGGGGAGUCUUAGCAUAAUGACAGUUAUUUAUACUUUUUAAAUUAAUGGUACUUGCUGGAUCCACACUAACAUCUUCGCUAACAAUCCCAUUGUUUCUUCCAACUUAACGCCUACACUACACCCUACAUCCUCUUUCUAGUCUUUAAUCUAUAAUAUGCAACCUAAAAUAAAAUUGGUGGUGUCUCCAGUCA